AUGCAGCCACAUCACCAACCAUAAUCAAGGAUUGUUUCUCUUCCCUUAUGUAGUAUAUAACUAUAUAUCCACCGAUUCCACAUCAACCCUCUCCCGCAUCUUAUUCCGGCGCAGAUGGAGAACUUCAGGGAAGGCGAAUUGGACGAACCCAUUUUAAACUACUUGCAGCCACCACCAGCAGAACCAGAACCCAACAGCCGCCACGAUGAAGUGGACUCCCAGCUCGAGAAAGUGUUAACAAACACGGAAUUACCAUUCUUCAAGCGUCUCAGGUUGGCCACCUGGAUUGAACUGAAGCUCCUCUUCCGCCUGGCUGCUCCGGCGGUGUUUGUUUACUUAAUCAACAACUUCAUGUCAUUAUCCACCCGUGUCUUCUGUGGUCACCUAGGCAACCUCCAGCUCGCCGCCGCCUCGCUUGGCAACAGCGGCAUCCAACUCCUCGCCUACGGCCUCAUGUUAGGGAUGGGAAGUGCAGUGGAGACUCUAUGCGGACAAGCAUACGGUGCCCACCGAUAUGAAAUGCUCGGAAUAUAUCUCCAGAGAGCAACCAUCGUCCUCACACUCACCGGAAUUCCGUUGACCGUCGUCUACGUGUUGUCCAAGCCAAUCCUGCUGUUGCUAGGAGAACCGACGGAGGUUGCAUCUUACGCCGCCAUGUUCGUUUACGGUUUGAUCCCACAAAUCUUCGCCUACGCAGUGAACUUCCCCAUCCAGAAGUUUCUCCAGGCACAGAGCAUUGUGAAUCCGAGCGCCUACAUAUCGGCGGCGACGCUGGUGGUGCACCUUCUGCUGAGCUGGGUUGCGGUGUACAAGCUGGGCCUGGGCGUGUUUGGGGCGUCGAUGGUGCUGAGCCUGUCGUGGUGGAUAAUCGUUGGGGCCCAAAUUGUGUAUAUCUUGAUGAGCGAAAAGUGUAAGAACACCUGGGCUGGGCUUAGCCUUCGGGCCUUUUCCGGGCUCUGGGAUUUCUUCCGACUGUCGGCGGCGUCCGCCGUCAUGCUCUGCCUUGAGACAUGGUAUUUCCAGAUACUUGUCCUGAUCGCCGGUUUGCUCAAAAACCCAGAAAUUGCAUUGGACUCCCUUGCCGUUUGCAUGGCAAUAAGUGGGUUGCUGUUCAUGGUUUCAGUUGGGUUUAAUGCAGCUGCAAGUGUGAGGGUGAGCAAUGAGUUGGGAGCCGGCCACCCCAAGUCGGCAGAAUUCUCUGUCGUCGUUGUGAAUGUGAUUUCCUUCCUCGUCGCUGUAGUAGAAGCUUCUGUUGUGCUAUCUCUGCGUAAUGUCAUCAGCUACGCCUUCACCAGUGGAGAGACUGUUGCAAAGGCCGUCUCAGAGUUGUGCCCUCUUCUCGCUGUCACUCUUCUUCUCAAUGGGGUUCAGCCUGUGCUGUCUGGGGUGGCUGUUGGAUGUGGAUGGCAAGCCUUUGUGGCAUAUGUAAAUGUGGGAUGUUACUAUGUUGUUGGGAUUCCUUUGGGAUGUGUUCUUGGUUUCAAGUUUGACCUUGGCGCAAAGGGAAUAUGGUCAGGGAUGAUAGGAGGAACAAUGAUGCAGACCAUCAUUUUGCUGUGGGUCACAUUUCGAACAGACUGGAAUAAGGAGGUGGAGAUAACGAGGAAGAGGUUGGAUAAAUGGGAGGACACAAAGGAGCCACUCCUUACAGACUGACUUAUCUUGAAGAAUAACAGAAAACUUGGGCAUGGCAAUUUGCAAGUAGUAACUCAAAUACAGAAAUGAGCGAAAAUUUUGAAACGCCCCACCAAAAAGACAAAAAUGAUGGCUGAUAAAAACAACCAAGUAUCCAUGCUCAAUCAUGAUGGUUUGAUAUGAUAAAAUGCAAUGAUUAAUGCGCAAUGAUCUUAUCAAAUGAUCAAUGUCAUUAUGAGACAAAAUUCUAUCCCAUUUUCUGUGACUUUUGUUUGGAUUCAAAUGCUUUCAAAAAAAAGUGCCAAAGCUGGCGGACAUCAUAUCAAAUAUAGAUGUUAUUCCACU